UAGUAGCCUUUGCUUCAUCUGCUUGUUCCAGGCUAUAGUCUCUGUCUUAAAGACCUAUCCCUAGACCUUCAAAAUUCUAAAUAAUACAAAUAUUUAUUCAAAUAUUGUUAUGGUCAUUUCGGCCGCUGCAAGUGAAUGCCAGCCAAGGAUUAAGAGUUACCCAGUAUCUUCCCCAAAAGAGCUUGAAAGCUCAAAGGUAUUUCAGCGCUCACCUAUCGCCAUGGACUCGAAUGAUAAUCUGGGAGGAAAGCCCGCUGUCAGCUCGAGUUUCCUGUAUAAAAAUAAAUUCAAUGGCAACUUCUCGGAAGAUGGUGACGAGGCGGAGAUAGACACCUCCGAUGAUGCCGGCACCAUGAAUAACGAUACCGAAACCGAUGCCAUCACACUCAAAACUUUAACCAGCAGGCAGAAGAUACCACCGGAGCAGGAGCAGCCGGAGCUAGAGCAACUGCCUUUGAGUUCCUUUGUCCGAACGAAAUCGGUGCCGGACAGUAGGUUCUCGGGAUUCCUAAGGGUCUUGGCCCGCAGCUUGCAGCACUGUUCGGUGAGGAUUGCCGCAGGCUUUGGGCUGAGUCGGCAGCCAAAUGCUUGGUACAAGAACUGCUGGAACACUCCCGGCUCCCAAACCCAGAGAAUCCACAGAGGGGUGAUAACCCUUGCUCCUGAGUCCAUGGCAACGAUGCCGAGAGGAAUUGCUAGCUCUACAACCCUUUAAUACCUCCUCCUACUGAACUGAAGCCUUCUCUUUUGAUAAAUUUAAAUGUAAAACACUUGAAGGGUUUUU